GGCACAAAGAAAUGCUGCCUGAGUACCAGUCACUCGACCGGGAGACACCCAUCUUCCGGACUGCAUUUGGGAAGUUUGCCUUGCGGGUGGUCUCUCUGCCCUUCUUCAGCUUCCUCUUCUGCGUGAUGUGGUCUGUGGUGUUCUACUUUGAGCGCGCCACCGCCACGCAUUGUCACGUGUACAACUUCUUGCCGUCAAUCUCAGCCGCUAUUGGAAGCUACCAGCCUCAGAGAUUCAUCUGGCAGGUGGCCAUUAGCUGUCACGCAGUGCCUCGCUUCAUGGUAGCGUACAUGUACUUGCGCUACUACAGAUCCUGCAUCCGGAAGCGCUGGCAUUUCCUCGUCAACUCCGCCACUGUUCUCAAUGUUGUGGAGAAUGCAGCACUGCUGGGACUCUCACUCUUCACAUCAGUGGAUAACUAUGAGAUCCACAAGUUCUGCUUCAUCACCUUCAUUGCCACAUCGGAGCUCUACAUGCUGCUCAGCUACAUCCUCAACAUUAAUGCUCGGCGAGGAGAUUCCCUGACAAAGCUGGAGGAGAAAUCCAUCCGUUUCAAGGGCUACCUUUGUCUCAUCAACAUCAUGUCCUUCUCCCUCGCCGGGUACUUCUUUCUUCGGCACAAUGCCCACUGCGAGCCUGGCGUGUAUUCACUCUUUGCUCUGUUUGAAUACAUCGUGGUCCUGACCAACAUGGGUUUCCACAUGACCGCCUAUUGGGACUUCCACGGGCGCUUCAUCGCCUUCUCAUGGGCCACGGGGCUCUACUUCUCUCAGAAUUGAUUCGUCCAGAGUCU